GAGAGAGAUCCUGGAGCGUGUGGUUGUUUUUGUGUGUUUUUUAAAAGAUAAAGAAAAAAGCCCAGAGUUGAGUCAACGUGGGGAAAAUGAACCGAAUAUUCGGCCGCGGGAAACCGAACGCACCCCCUCCCAACCUGUCGGACUGCAUUGGCAAUGUGGACGCCAGGUCCGAGUCCAUGGAGAAGAAGAUUGGCCGACUGGACGCUGAGCUCAUCAAGUACAAGGAUCAAAUGAAAAAGAUGAGAGAUGGGCCCUCCAAGAACAUGGUGAAACAGAAGGCGCUGAGAGUGCUGAAGCAGAAGCGAAUGUAUGAAGGUCAAAGGGAGCAGCUGGCUCAGCAGUCUUUCAACAUGGAGCAGGCGAACUACACAAUCCAGACCCUGAAAGACACUAAAACUACAGUGGAGGCCAUGAAGAUCGGUGCAAAGGAAAUGAAGAGGGCUUACAAGGACGUCAAAGUUGAUCAGAUUGAUGAUUUACAGGAUCAACUGGGGGACAUGAUGGAAGACGCCAACGAGGUCCAAGAGUCCCUGAGCCGCAACUACGGCACUCCAGACAUAGACGAGGAGGAUCUGGAAGCAGAGCUGGACGCGCUGGGUGAUGAGCUGCUGCUGGAUGAUGACAACUCCUACCUGGAUGAGGCUUCGGCUUCCCCGUCGAUCCCUGAGGGAAUCCCCAGUGACAGCAAGACAAACAAGGAUGGAGUGUUGGUGGAUGAGUUCGGCCUCCCACAGAUUCCUGCCACAUAAACCAGGAGUGGGUUGGAACGACUGCACUUCACCUUAAAACACUUUUAUACGUAGAGUAACACUAAAUACAGUGGAAAUCGCUAAUAGUGAUCACGUUUGUCCUGGGGGAAACGUAUCACUAUAAGCGGUUGAUUUCUAUUAUUUCUGUAUGAUAGUUCUGGAACUUGAGGGAAAGGUAACAUUGCACUAUUGCGUAUGUGUGCGCACACACACACACACACUGACUCUGCUGCUCCGCUGACAGAGCGGGGGGAAACUGUCAAAACAUGAAAAGACCCUAAAUGAACACUGUAAGCAUUGUAUAGGAACGGUUCUUCCCCAGACCUUUUAGAUCCAUAUAGAUGGUUGAUCACUAUAAGCAGUUUCCACUGAACAUAAAAAAAACCCCUUUGACCUGAAACACUCCGAUUUUGAAGUUGUUGGGUUUUGUGUUGUUACUACUACUGUGCUAGCAUGUGGCCUUCUUUCAAAAACGUGUUCUUCUCCUUAUCUGCCCUUCAGCCUCCCGUCUAACACUUGACUUCUCAGUCAUCUGCAGUAUUACCCUAGUGUUAAUUUAUUUUUGGUUCUGUGUUUGUGUUUGUGGAAAAGAUGAUUCCCACUCGUCUGUUUAAAAUAGCUUAAGGCUAUCUGAC